CUAGACUACACUCAGUACGGGUUUUGCAGUACACUCAGCCACAACCUGGAGAACUUCCAGUUGUAAUAAAAGUUAGAGUCCCUCCAUAAGUAUCCAGUCCCUCGUGUAGUGUAGAGGAGUGUAUACUGAGACGGAGACCACGACUCCUUUUAAUUUACAGUGACUCCGAAAGUCCCACCGUGUUUAGUCGCGGCUUUACGGUCUCUCUGUCAAGAGUCUCAGCAGAACAGAAGGCAAUACAACUCGAACUGUACCGUACGGGACCCGCCGAUUUUACCCGGUCCCACAAACGGUUGCGACAACUGGUCAUGAUACCGGUUAAUUAUUUCACUUUUAACUGUUUUUACCUAUUUUUCCCGCGUAAAUAAUUAAUUAUUCAUCAACAAGUGUCCAGUGGUUUUAUUUUUUAAAACAUUAUUAUUAAUAUUAUUAAUAUUGUGACUGUGAUGGAUGCGUAAUUGGAGAUUAAGAUUUAUUAAAAUGAAUCCAUCAUUGGCAUUACUGCUAGUCCUAGCGUGUUCACUGUGUAUAACAGCGGCAACUUCGCCGUGCCCGUGGGCAUCACACAUCACGGAGCUAGAAAAUUCGUGUAUAUGCGAUUACAAUUUAGCCCGAGAGUUAUCCGUCCAGUGCGAUAUAGUAGACUUUAAUCAAUUAUUAUCAGCAAUAAAGAGGUACGCGGUGCGAUCAAUAGUCGACUUGUUUUACGUAAACAACAGCACAGUGGGAGUCCUAAAAAAUGGAUCCUUCUCGACGAUACGGAUCAACAAUAUGCAAUUGUCUGGUUGCAAAAUAACUUCUAUUGAGGAUAACGCCUUUCGCGGUCAAGAACUUUCUCUAAAGACUCUCAAUCUGAAGGACAACGAAUUGGAAGAAAUACCAACAAGCAGUCUGAGAUCUCUAAGAAAUCUCACAGUUUUGGACCUUUCGCUGAACAAAAUAACAAAGGUCGAAGACAACGCGUUUAGAACUCUCAAGCUGGUGACUUUGAAGCUGGCUGACAAUGAGGUAACUCUGGCUCCCGCGGCGUUUCGCGGACUCGAGAAGACGCUGAAGAAUCUGAACCUCAAGGGAACCAAGCAGAAGAAAGUUCCCGAGGCUCUCCGCGGUCUGAAAACCCUAGCCUUUCUGGACUUAUCGCAGAACAGCAUCCGAGAGCUUCCCGGAGCCGCAGGCCAGAAGGGCUUCGAAGGCUUGGACUCGUUGACGGGCUUGAAUCUCGAGCGAAACUUGAUUCAAAGUAUCGGCCCCGUCGCUUUUCACGGGAUUAAAAACACUCUUAGCUCGCUGAGUCUUCUCAAUAAUUUAAUUCCGGACUUUCCUACGGCCGCAAUCAACAGCAUUCACGACCUGCGUGUCUUGGACAUCGGGUUCAACCUUAUCACCGAGCUGCCGGUCAAUGCAUUCGCUAAUAAUCCUUCGGUAACGCUGCUUGCAAUCGAUGGGAACCCUCUGUCAACUGUACCCGAGGAAGCUCUCGCGAGGCUCAACGGAACUCUCCGUGGCUUAAGUCUCGGCGGACGGUUUCUUGUCUGCGAUUGUAAAUUACGGUGGAUCGCGCAGUGGAUAAGGACCAAAGAUCUUCAAGUCACGAGUCGGGAGCGUAAGCCGCAAUUUUGCGGAAGUCCUCUCAGAUUGCAGGACCGUAACUUUUACAGCAUUGAUCCUGAAGAAUUAAUGUGCGAAAGACCAUCAGAAAUAAUUGGAAUAGGAACGGUAGAAAGUGUGGACACAAAAGAGCCAACGGGCCCCGUAACCGGAGUAGUCGAUGAAUUACUCCUAACAACCCGAGUGUCACCGACGACUCUCUCCUCUCCGUCAUCGCCGUCAUCAGCCUCCUCGUUAUCGUCAUUUGCAUCGACAAUUCCGCAGAAGACAACCCAGAAAAUAAAUACAACCACCAUCGUAACGACUCCCAGCACUACAAUCGAGUUUAAAUCAACGGAGAUAACGACUCCCUCGACUGUCCAGGUGUCCACGACAGUGCGACCUACAGCAAGAACUGGAAACGUUGUGAUAGUUCGCACAACCUUGCCUCCGCCGGUUCGGAAUUCCGAGCACGGUAGCUUGCCCCAGCACCAGCCGCGUCCUCCUCUUGUCCUCGGAUCUCCUUUAUAUAAAUCAAAGGCCGAGAAAGACAUCAUCGUUAAAGAGGCCUUGAGGCAGGAUAAUUCGGUGAUCAUUUCCUGGGACAGCGAGACUACCAAUAUCCUCGGGUUUCGCGUUGUUUAUAGAUCUUUCGGCGACACUAGUUUCAAACAAGGUCCGCCGUUAGAAGCCAGCGAGCGCGAGUUCAAAAUUAAAAACGUUCCUUCGCAGGAGUGCAUUGUGGUCUGUGUGGUUUUGCUUGAAGAAACAAACAUAACUCCAGCGAACGUGCCGUACAACCAGUGCAAAGAAGUCCGCCGAGAAAAUUCACCUACGUCAAACAUCGACAAGCUAACGACAAUCGUAUGCGCGGGAAUUUCCAUGAUACUAAUCCUGGCUUUGGUGAUAAUCUUCAUUGUAUCGCGAGUGCGCUCUAGAAAGCUGCACACGCUGCACAAUAUAGACCAGACCAAGAUGGGAGGACCUAUUUCAGGACUGCCAGUGAAUUGCUGCUCUAACGUCGGUCCCACGCCCAGUCCAGCGGGUCCUCUGGCUUCUAUGGCUACUCUCAGCGCCUACAAUGCUCAGAAAGAGUGGGACCAAGUGUCCGCUUACAGCAACAGAAGCAUUCCACGGCCUCGGAUCUUCCCUAUUGAUCGACAAGGGUCUAUAUCACGUGGUCCAUGUAUAGACGAAGUAAGGUCGCAGGCGAGUCACUACGGAGGUAAAAUAUCAUCACGCUCAGUAGCUGACGGUCAGUCACAACACAGCUUUGGAAAUAACUCAUCACGUUAUUUUGCAAACACUGCUCUUGCUAACAAUCUCGUCAAUACAAGACCAGAAUUACGUCAGUCGCGACAGUCACUAGCUGCGGCAUCUGAUCGUAUGUCACGUAAUGGUUACCCAGGGAAUAAUAAUAUGCCACCACACGCAUCGGCGCGUCGCCAGCGCCCAAGAUCGAGGAACCGUACGAUGGAAUCGAGCCACCAGCAACAACAACAGCCACCACCUCCAAGACCGGGCAGCCGGUACAGCUUAGCUGACUCAACUCACACACUUAAUAAUUACGAAGAAAGUAAUUGGACCGAUCAUGAUAUGGACAUUUACAUGUCACGCAAUCCAACAACUAGGAGCGGUCUUGUACCGCUUUAAAUUUAUUAUUUUCAUUGAUAGAUUUAUUAAUUAGGAUUUUAAUAUUAUUAGCUGCUGUGUAUUGCUUGUGUGUUUAAUUAGCCACAAAUGGAGUCUUAAUCAUUAAUAUCUUAAUUAUAAAUAUAUAAAUAUAAAUAGCUUUAAAUGUAUAGGAAAUUUUAACUAUGUAUGUCUCUUAUUUUUAAGAGAAUUAUUUUUAUAAUUAAUUAUAGUCGUUUUUAUAAAAAAAAAAAAAAAAAAAAAAAAAAUUGUAACGAAACUAUGUUUGUAAUAUUUAUAUUUUUUUUUUAUUAAUUUUAAUUAAUUUUAACGCUAGUUUUAAGAAAAAACAAUUCAAACCAGUUACAUUGAGUAAAAAUUAAUGGAUUUAGAUUAAUGUGUUGUCCAAAGACUGUAACAUGACCGGGAGCAUUUGCUUUUAAGAUUUAUAAUGAUUUUAUUAUUAAUUUAAUUAUCUGGUAAGGUAAAUGGUAAAUUGUAAUGUAAAUUAUUUUAGAUCUACAAGGUGCAAUCAAAUACAAUCCAUUUUUAUUUUUAAUUUAAAUAAUAAAUAAAUUGUUUUCUUUUGUUUAAUUA